AUGGAACUGAAUCAGUCCAAUCCUCGUGGGCAGCUCCACCCUGAUCACCAAAAUCAGAGGGAGGAUUUGUCCCACAAAGGGACGAAGCCAGUGAUGACUUCGGACCACUGUAGCCCUUCGGGUUCGCCCCGGGCUAGUAUUACAAACCAAUCCGUGACCUCGUCUUCGCCAGAAGAUGCACAGGCUACGAAUGAAGCCACAGACCCAGUCUUGACUUCAAAACCCAUACCGCUUAGUUCCGACCACUUGGUUCAAAAAACACACAAAACCUCCUCUUCACCAGAAGAAAAUGAGGUCUCCAAACCUUCAAAGCAGAACGCUCAAUCAGCUGCAACAAGCCCGACGCGCUCUUCCGAGACAAAACUCGCCCUCCUGAAAACAAGGCUCUCGGGCGUGGACACCUCCAUCGUCAUCACGGAGGAAGAGAAGGCACGGCUUACACCUGAGCAUAAGACGGAGCUCGGGAGGUGGUUUAUAGCCCGCAUCGUAAGGGAUGUGGAAGUCAGGGAAUUUGCGAACUCCAAUGGACCGCCCUCCGUGUCACCUUCGCGAGAUCGAAGGCGCUUAAGGGCGAUCGAGAUGGAACGGCAACAGCGCUCCCUCGAGGCCAGACCGACACGUUAUCGAAGACCCUGUGAGCCUGAGGAGGAUGAGGAAGAAAGUGUGAUAGGGGAUAGUGCCGACGGAGGGGCUGGGAGGAAGAAGAUUAGGCAGAUGUGA